UUUUUAAAACAUCUGUGUCUAUGGUGUGUAGGUACUACGUUUGGAAAGUAGCUUUCUAAAAUUUUGGUGUCUUGCUUGCUUUCGUAAUAAAUGAUAUAUGUUUUUAGAAUAUCUACAUUUCGUGUAACAAAUCGAGUGUAUAGUGUUAAACAUUUGAACUGGUGUUCCUAUCCAAUGGCGUAGCUAAUUAGAAAGCAACAUGGAAGCUCUGACAGUUCCGCCAUGAAUGCAAAAUAAAUAAAAUAGAAAUUGAAAAGGAGCUGCAAGUCAUCUAAGACAUAUAGAAGCCUCACAAUGUUGAGAGGUGGGCGCGGUGGUCGUCACAGUCCAGAGCUGUACCCCCACACUCUUAAGUGCUCCAACGCCAGUGAUACAAGCUCUGCAUACAGUGGCAGUGACACAAUGACAUCAGUUCACAGUUCCCUAGAUAUGGACAUGGAGGUAGACUUGUCAGGUCUCCUAGAAUCUAUAGUGGAUUCUGAUGAAGAGGAAGAUUUAGAAGAAAGUAUGGACAGUCUGACAGUUAGGGAUGCUGUCAGAGAAUGUCUUGAAAAGGAUCCUAGUGAAAGAACUGAAGAAGAUAUUGAGAUUCUUCUUGAAUUUACUCAACAUUUGAAAGCAUUUACAAACAUGACUUUGACUGUGCGUAGAGCACUGUGUGCUGUAAUGGUAUUUGCUGUUGUUGAAAAAGCUGAAACAAUUGUCAUGCAAGAUGGAGAAGAACAUGACUCAUGGUCAGUCUUAAUAAAUGGACAUGUUGGAAUUGAACAUUCAAAUGGUGAAGUAGAGUAUCUUAAUGUUGGUGAUAGUUUUGGAAUGGCUGAAGCCACACUGGAGAGACUAUACCACCGAGGAGUAAUGACUACUAGAUGUAAUGACUGCCAAUUUGUUUGUGUUACUCAAACUGAUUAUUAUCGAAUCUUGCAUCAAGGCCAGGAAAAUAUAAAGCGUCAUGAAAAUGAAAAUGGUGUAGUGGUACUGGUAACAGAAUAUAGGGGUGCCGCUGGAGAAACAGGUCAUCAAGAUGGACAAGUAGUUAUUAGAGGAACUCCAGAGCAGUUGAUGUUGCAGCUCAUUGAAGAUAACUCAAGAGACUCAACAUAUGUGGAAGAUUUUCUUUUGACUCAUAGGACUUUCAUUGAAAGUCAUUUAGUAGUUGCCAAACAGUUACUUGCCUGGUUCUCUGAACCAUCAGUCCGAGACAAAGUUACAAGAGUGGUUCUUUACUGGGUUAAUAAUCAUUUCACUGACUUUGAAACUGAUCCAAAUAUGAUGGAAUUUUUGGAGAACUUUGAAAUGGCUUUAGAACACGAGAAGAUGGAAAGUCAAUUGCGAUUGUUAAAUAUAGCUUGUUCGGCAAAGGCACGAACUAGAAGUGUCACUUUGUCACGCCCCACAAGAGAUGAACCAUUAAAUUUUACCAUCCUUGGAGGAUAUGAAAGAGGAUAUGGAAUAUUUGUUUUGAAAGUAGAGAAGCAUUCAAAAGCUGAAGAUGUUGGUCUUAAAAGAGGAGAUCAAAUAUUGGAAGUUAAUGGACAAUCAUUCCAACAUGUAAGCCAUGCAAAAGCUAUGGAAAUAAUAACAGGUUCAACACAUCUUAGCAUUACUGUCAAAAGUAAUUUCCUUGCUUUCAAGCAAAUGCUUCUUAUGCCAGAAAAUUCACCUAGACAAAGAGGAGCUACAAACAUGGCUAGGUGGCAAACAGACCCUAGAGCAAGACUAUCAACUGCUGAACUUUUAAGUGAUGAUCCAAUUACAUUUACACCAAUUUUUCAAUCUCCUACUAAAAAACCCCAGCAGAUAAUGAAAAAAGAACCACAAAAAGGAUUUAUGACAUUAGGCCCGAAAAGACUACACAAAGCUUUGAUGAAAAUGAAUAUACUACCCAAAAACACAAUCACAGAUGGCCUCCACAGUGAUGACAGUAUUUUGUCAAAUACAGAUUCAUUAAAUAAGGCUAAUACAAGCAAUUCUUUCUAUAGCUCCCACAGUAAUCCUGAUCUUAUCUCAAUUUGCUAUGAUGAUUAUCAGUCCUCUGAUUAUCCUGAACAUGUAUUAAAGGUAUACAGAGCUGAUCAAACCUGCAAAUAUUUACCGGCCCACAAGGAAACAACUGCUAGGGAAGUGGUUAUGUUAGCAUUACGUGAGUUUGGAAUAACUGAACCCAGUUCCAAUUUUUCCCUUUGUGAAGUUUCAGUUGCUCAGGGAGGAAUAAUUAAGCAACACCGACUUCCAGAUCAAUUACAGAACCUUGCUGAGAGAAUUGGGUUAAGCUCCAGAUAUUAUUUAAAAACAAAUGGUAUAAGUGAAACUUUAGUACCUGAUGAGAUGGCUCCAGAACUACUGAGAGAAAGUGUAGUCCAUUUUCUGCAGCUUAAUGCCGUUGAAGUGGCAGUUCAACUUACACUACAAGAUUUCUAUAUUUUCAGGCAAAUUGAGAGUACUGAAUAUGUAGAUGAUUUGUUUGGAUUAAAAAGUAGAUAUGGCACACCAAUGUUAUCACAAUUUGCAGGCUUAGUUAAUAAAGAAAUGUUUUGGGUUGUAACAGAAGUUGUAAAUGAGCAAAAUCUUGUGCGACGUUCAAGAAUAAUAAAACAAUUCAUUAAAGUUGCAAGACAUUGCAAGGAAUGCAAGAACUACAAUUCUAUGUUUGCAAUUAUAUCUGGCUUAGGCCAUGGGGCUGUAUCCAGAUUGCGAAUGACUUGGGAUAAAUUACCAACCAAAUACAGCAAACUUUUCUCUGACUUGCAAACUCUUAUGGAUCCAUCAAGGAAUAUGUCUAAAUAUAGACAGCUAUUAACUGCUGAACAAGGUAGAUCACCAGUUAUACCAUUUUAUCCUGUGGUAAGAAAAGAUUUAACAUUUAUUCAUGAAGGAAAUGACACAAAAGUAGAAGGUAUGGUUAAUUUUGAGAAAUUGCGUAUGAUAGCUAAAGAAGUAAAAACUCUUACAAACAUGUGCAGUGCACCAUAUGAUUUGCUAACAUUAUUGGAAUCAGGAAAACAACCACCAUCAAAUGCUAUGGUUGCUUUAAACCAGUUAACUACUGGUGUUCAGCAAGGCCAAGUAACAGUUAAAAGAAGAAAGAAAUCUUCCAAUGUACCUAAUCCUAAAAAAAUGUUUGAAGAAGCCCAAAUGGUUAGACGUGUAAAGGCAUAUUUAAACCGCAUGCAUGUUGAAACUGAUGAAGACAGGCUUCAUGCUUUGUCAUUGGAAUGUGAAGGUUCGGGACCCGCGCCUACUAUUCCUCGGCGUCGACACCCUUCACCAUCUUUAUCUACAACAAGCAGCGCAUCAUCAGCCAGUGAAAGUAAAAAGAGCUUUGGGGCAAAUAAAUUUGGAGCAGCAUCACCCCAAGCUGUAAGAAAACUUCUGGCUCUUUCUGAGCCUGCUAAAACACGACCUCACCAACCGAGACCUCCUCCGCCGGGACCCUCGCCUUGUACACAUCGGCGUGACGGUACUGUUCCAGGAAUUUGCUGUUCUCGAGCGGCACAUGAACGAUCACACUCAGAUACUCCAACACUGUUGCCAGUUGACCUGUCUGCUGAAAGUAGCAGUGUGACAUCUUUAGUAAACUUGCCAUUAAGAAAAACGGGUUCGGCGACUUCAAGUGACAGUGGGCAUGGGUCCUGUACGACAGCUAGCUGCGUGCGGCCGGUUCCGCCCCCGAGAAUGCCAUACACGUUGGCCGCUCAAGUUGCUCGCCUUGAGCGUUUAAGUCGAGCGCAUUCGCACGAAGGCGUGACCCGACCCUAUGAUUACUAUCAUGACACACCUGAUGACGAAGAUGAAGACCAACAGGUCUCUGCUGUUUAAAUACUCCCAUUUAUGUCUAAUUAUAUAGAUCAUUUUAAUAAUCUCACUUGACGACUAGAAAGCACGAGUUAUUAAUAUAUUAUUAUUUAAUAAAGUUCAUGUAUGUAUCCCUAAUAAGUAAGUUUAAAGACUGUCUUAUUUAAUGUUUAAAAUAUGUCCUAGUGUUAUAUAGUGUAAAAUUACACAUUAGCCAUGCCUUUAAUAUAUUAUUAUAGAUAUGUGACCCACCAUGUUCCAGUUAUGACUAGAAAUAUUAGAAAUGUACCAUUGUCGGUGGUAAUAUUAUAUUGCACCCUAAGUAGGUACAUUUACAUUCCGUUGUUUGUGUAUUGUGUGUAUAUUUUUUUUUUAUUAAUUUCGUAAUUUAACGCGCAACUUAGACCAAAUAAUAAUAAUUAAUGUACCUUUUAUUAAUGUUUAUAAUUCAAAUUGAUUUAAUUAAACAAUUCGGGAGUAAGAUCUACAAAAAUAAGUGUAACAUUAUAUAGCAUAUUGCAUUAGACGCGCUUUUUUACGCGAUUGACAUGCGGAUAUAUAAACUUGUAUCCCAAUAUCAACAAGGGAUUUAAAGGCAACGAAUUUGCAUAUAAACAUUGCUAAUAAUGUUGCAUAAUUAUUCAUGUCAUGUCUUUCUUCACUAUUGUAUCAUAGAAAGUUUUUGGUAGCUUUGUGGACCAAUUUUAAUUUUAUUGAAUAUUAUUAUUUCUUAUUGUAGCAAUUGAUAAUGUUUAUAUCAUGAUUUAAAUUCUAAAUGUAAAUAAUAAAACUACAUGAUAACAUUAUUUUAUCAAAUAUUUAUUUAAAUAGCCUUAAUGUAAUAUUUAACAUGAUUCAUCUUUGAAUAUUUUCAUAUCAUAAAGAAUAAAGUAAUUUUUAGUUUAAGUGUCUGCUUGCUGCAUAACUCAAAAGUUAAACAAAUUGUCUGAAUUGAGCUAAAUAAUCUAGUUCAAGUGGGUGAAGGUUCGGAGCUGGAAUCACCAAGCUGUGUAAAGGUGGCCCUAGUUCAUAAUUUUGCAUUUCUUCCAAACUCAUUGCUGCUAUUCUUUGAUCUGGAGCUCCCACUCUCGAUAAGCCAACAGCUAAACUAUCUUUAGUUAUACCUGCACCAAUAGAAUAUGUACACAAUUAAACAUGAUUACUGAAAAUUUAAACAUUUUAUUUUUUAAGAGAAAGGGAAAAAAAGUUUUGACAUUCAUCAAAUAUGUAUCAUGUAAUUUACUUUUAAGAUAAGUUAUUUAUUAAAUAUCAUGAAGAAGCAUUAAAGUUGAUCGGAAAAAUAUUAAAAAAAAUUCAUUCACAUAUCUUUAUGGGUUCAUGCAAGUUUUAUUUUAGUGUAAACAAAUAUAAAUAGAUAAUAAUGUCAAUCAGUUCAAAAAUUGAGCCAUUCUGAUUAUGUACAUACUGAAGCUUUAUAAAUUUCAUUCAAGUUUAUCUGACCUUCUCCAAGUCUGAAUUAAUUUUGAUAAGGUAAAUAUCACUAGUUUAGAUAAAUAGUUAAAAUUGUAUCAGUGACUACUUAUUUAUUAUUGUCUAAAAAUAAAUAUUUUCACUAAUAUUCUUUAAUAUUAACAUACUUGAUGUAUGGUUCACUUUCUUAUGAAUUAAAUUUAUAGUCCUUGAUAUGUAUAGUCUCUAUUAAAAAAAGUAUGAUAACAA